AGCGCAUUAACGGGAAAAAAAGUAUAGUCGACAGAGAGGAGCUCACACACUCACACACACAAACACACACACACACACACGCACACGCACACACGCACACUCUCAUGCAUGCAGACCAGACACGUAUCUGCUUCCACAGAGGAACACCGGCCGAUGUGUGAACACAAGCUUUACAACUUAAUUAAGGAGUAAAUAUCCGAAAAUGGAGCGGGAGCUAUGGAUUUAACGCGAAGGGGACUUGAAAUGGGCGGUCUGAUGCUGCUGCUGUGGAGCUGCCUGCUGUUGGCGGUUGACGGCUCACCUCUCCUCCUGUUUGCCAACCGGCGUGACGUGCGAUUGGUCGAUGCGGAGGGCGUGCGGGGUGAGUCGGCCAUCGUUGUUAGUGACCUCGAGGAUGCAGCAGCGGUGGACUUCCUGUAUUCCGAGGGCCUGAUAUUUUGGACAGAUGUCAGUGAAGAGGCCAUCAAACAGACGCACUGGAAUCAGUCAUCGAACUCCCUCAAAGAGGCUCUGGGAACUGGGCAGACUGUGGUGGUGUCGGGGCUGGACAGUCCUGAUGGGCUGGCCUGCGACUGGUUGGGUAGAAAGCUCUAUUGGACAGACUCGGAGACCAAUCGUAUCGAAGUGGCCAACCUGGACGGCACCUCAAGGAAGGUCCUGUUCUGGAUGGACUUGGACCAGCCCAGGGCAAUCGCUCUGAACCCCGCUCAACGGUACAUGUAUUGGACAGACUGGGGAGAGGAGCCGAGGAUAGAGCGAGCCGGAAUGGACGGCAGCAACAGGAAAGUGAUUGUGGUGACGGAGAUAUACUGGCCCAACGGUCUGACCAUAGAUCUGGUGGAACAGAAGCUGUACUGGGCAGACGCCAAACUCAGCUUCAUUCACAGAGCCAACUUGGAUGGAUCUGCACGUGAGACUGUGGUGGAGGGCACCCUGACCCACCCUUUUGCCCUGACACUGUCUGAGGAGACCUUAUACUGGACCGACUGGCAGACCCGCUCCAUCCACGCCUGCAACAAAAACAGUGGAGAUAAAACUAGAGAGAUCCUCAGUGGGAUCUACUCUCCGAUGGACAUCCAGGUCCUGGAGGCCUACCGGCAGCCUAACAUCCUGACUCCCUGCAGUGACAGUAAUGGAGGCUGUAGUCAUCUCUGCCUGCUCUCUCCAGUGCAGCCUUUCUACAGCUGUGCCUGCCCCACUGGAGUCCAGCUUAAACCAGAUGGGAAGACAUGCAAACCAGGAGCAGAGCAGGUUCUGCUGCUGGCUCGAAGGACGGACCUCCGGAGGAUCUCACUGGACCUGCCCGACUUCACUGACAUAGUGCUACAGGUCGAUGACAUUCGCCAUGCCAUAGCUAUAGACUAUGACCCAGUUGAGGGUUACGUCUAUUGGACGGAUGAUGAGGUUCGGGCCAUCCGCCGAUCCAACAUUGACGGCAGCAAUGCCAUGAUGCUGGUUACCACGGAGAUCAACCACCCAGAUGGCAUUGCUGUUGACUGGGUGGCCAGAAACCUGUACUGGACUGACACCGGCACUGACCGGAUCGAGGUAACCAGGCUGAAUGGAACGUCUCGGAAAAUUCUGAUUUCUGAGAAUCUGGAUGAACCCAGAGCCAUCGUCCUGGACCCCGUCAAUGGCUUUAUGUACUGGACGGACUGGGGAGAACAUCCUAAGAUCGAGCGGGCCCACCUGGAUGGAACGGAGCGGCUGGUUCUGCUUAACAGCUCUCUGGGCUGGCCCAAUGGACUGGCUAUAGAUCACGCUGCAGGAAAGCUCUACUGGGGAGAUGCAAAAACUGACAAGAUAGAGGUGAUCAAUGUGGACGGCAGUAACAGACAUAUUCUGCUGGAGGACAAGCUGCCUCACAUCUUUGGUUUUACUCUGCUGGGCGACUACAUCUACUGGACUGACUGGCAGAGGCGCAGCAUCGAGAGGGUGCACAAAGUCACGGCUGUGCGGGAGAUCAUCAUCGAUCAGCUGCCAGACUUAAUGGGCCUGAAGGCCACUAAAGUGACGGAGACAUAUGGUACGAAUGGCUGUGCGGAGGAUAACGGCGGGUGCAGCCACCUGUGUUUCUGGUGUCGGCAGGCGGUCAACUGUGCCUGUCCCAUGGGGAUGGAGCUGCUGUCGGACCUGCAGACCUGCGUGGUGCCGGAGGCCUUCUUGCUCUUCACCAACAGGGACAACAUCAGGAGUAUCUCUUUGGGUACUAACAGCAACGACGUGGCCAUCCCUCUGACGGGAGUGAAAGAGGCCUCUGCUCUGGACUUUGAUGUCUCUGAGAGGAGAAUCUACUGGACGGACAUACAGGCCAAGACUAUCAGCAGAGCGUACAUGAAUGGCAGCUCUGUCGAACAUGUCAUAGAGUUCGGGCUGGAUUACCCAGAAGGCAUGGCGGUUGACUGGAUGGGUCGUAACAUCUACUGGGCUGACACUGGCACUAACCGCAUCGAGGUGGCCCGGCUGGACGGACAGUAUCGGCAGGUUCUGGUCUGUAAGGACCUGGAUAACCCGCGCUCGCUGGACAACCCUCGCUCCCUCGCCCUGGACCCAGCCAACGGCUUCAUGUACUGGACGGAGUGGGGGGGUCGGCCUCGGAUAGCCAGAGCCUACAUGGACGGCAGCACCAUCACAACUCUGGUGGAUAAAGUGGGCCGGGCCAACGGGCUCACCAUCGACUAUGUGGACCAUCGACUGUACUGGACCGACCUCGACACAUGCAUGAUCGAAAGCACCAACAUGCAAGGGCUUCAGAGGGAGAUCAUCGUGGACGAUCUGCCUCACCCCUUCGGCCUCACCCAGUACCGGGACUUUAUCUACUGGACCGAUUUUAACCUGCGCAGUAUCGAGCGGGCAGACAAACGCAGUGGACUCAACCGCACUGUGGUGCUGCAGGGCCAGCUGGAGCUGAUGCUGGACAUCCUGGUGUUCCACUCCUCCCGUCAGGAGGGCACCAACGAGUGUUCCCAUAACAACGGUAACUGUGCCCAUCUCUGCCUGGCCACGCCCGCUGGGGCCCAGUGCCGCUGCGCCUCCCACUACACUCUGAACCCUGACGGACGGAACUGCAGCUCCCCCUCCAGUUUCCUGCUCUUCAGUCAGAAGGCCAGCAUCAGCAGGAUGGUGUUGGGAGAGCAGAGUCCGGACAUCAUCCUGCCCAUCCACGUGCUGAGGAACGUCCGGGCGGUCAGCUACGACCCUCUGGACCGCCUGGUGUACUGGCUGGACGGACGACAGAACAUACGCAGGGCCCGGGACGACGGAGCCAUGUCUUCCAUGAUCGUGAGCAGCAGUGUUCAGCCAGCGGACAACCAGCUCCAUGACCUGAGCCUGGACCCCUACAGCCGCCACAUCUACUGGACCUGUGAGACCACCAACACCAUCAACGUCCAGAGGAUGGACGGCCACACGGUGGGCGUGGUCCUGAAGGAUGACACCGACAAACCCCGGGCCAUCGUGGUCAACGCUGAGAAAGGGUACAUGUAUUUCACCACAGUGCAGGACCGCUCGGCUAAGAUCGAAGGAGCCUCUCUGGACGGUACGGAGAGAGAGUCUCUGUUCACCACCGGACUCAUCAGGCCCGUGGCUCUGGCUCUGGACAACAAAAUGGGAAAACUGUUCUGGGUCGACGCAGACCUCAAACGCAUCGAGAGCAGCGACCUGACAGGAGCCAAUCGCAUCGUCCUGCAGGACUCCAACAUCCUGCAGCCGACGGGGGUUACUGUGCUGGGAGACCACCUGUACUGGAUCGACCGGCAGCAGCAGAUGAUCGAGAGGGUGGACAAACUGACCGGAGACGGGCGCACACGCAUUCAGGGCCGCAUCUCCUACCUGACCUCCAUCCAUGCUGUGGAGGAGAUGGACCCACAGGAGUUUGCAUCCCAUCCAUGUUCUCGCGACAACGGCGGCUGUUCUCACAUCUGCAUCGCUAAGGGAGACGGCACCCCCCGCUGCUCCUGUCCCAUGCACCUGGUGUUACUGCAGGACCUGCUGCACUGUGGAGAGCCCCCCACCUGCUCCACAGAGCAGUUCACCUGCUCCACAGGAGAGAUCGACUGCAUCCCCAUGGCCUGGCGCUGCGACGGCUUCCCAGAGUGUGACGACAGCAGCGACGAGGAGAGCUGCCCCGUCUGCUCCUCCCAUCAGUUCCAGUGUGACAAAGGAGGCUGCAUCGACGCUCAGAGGCGCUGCAACGGGGAACCUGACUGCGCCGACCACUCUGAUGAGCAGGACUGUGAGACCAUCUGCCCUCCUAACCAGUUCCGCUGCGGAGACAACCAGUGCAUCACGAAGAAGCAGCAGUGUGACAACUACUCUGACUGCCCCGACGGCUCCGACGAGCUCGCCUGUGAGUAUGUGUCUCCCCCCUCCGUCCCUAACACAGGGCCCAACACCAUCGGCCCGGUCAUCGCCAUCAUCCUGCUGGUCUUUGUAAUCGGGGGAGCCUAUUUUGUCUGCCAGCGGGUGGUGUGUCGACGCUACAAGGGCCCCAGUGGAACUUUCCCUCAUGAGUACAUCAGUGGGACGCCCCAUGUGCCACUCAAUUUCAUCGCACCCAGCAGCUCGCAGCAUGGCACCUUCCAAGCUAUUUCCUGUGGGAAGUCCAUGAUGAGUUCAGCCAGCCUGAUGGGCAGCAGCAGCAGCGGAGCUCCUCUCUACGACAGGAACCAUGUGACCGGAGCCUCCUCCAGCAGCUCCUCCUCCACCAAGGGAGCCUUCUACCCUCAGAUCCUGAACCCUCCUCCGUCCCCGGCCACUGACCGCUCACUCUACAACACAGAGAUCUUCUACUCCUCCAACAGUCCUUCCACCACCAGAUCGUACAGACCCUACCACCCAGUCCGUGGUGCGGCCCCCCCCACCACCCCCUGCAGCACGGACGUCUGUGACAGCGACUACACCCCCCACCACCCGCCGGCCGGGCUGGCGUCCUCAGCGGGCCGCUGGAAGGCCACGGGCCACGGCGCCCACGGCAAACACAACAAGUACUACAUGGACCUAAACUCGGACUCGGACCCCUACCCACCGCCCCCCACCCCCCGCUCCCAGUACCUGUCAGCUGAGGAGAGCUGCCCCCCCUCCCCUUCCACUGAGCGCUCCUACUUCCACCUGUGCCCCCCCCCUCCCUCACCCUGCACCGACUCCUCGUGACCCUGCAGCAGCCCAGGAGCCCCCUGAGGAGGCAGGGUGCAGAGAACUGGCCUCCCUUUCCCAGGGAGAGAACUCACGUGCCAACCUCCCUGAGCAGCUCCCCCACUGCCUUUAUCAGCUGCUACGGCUCAAGUGCCUUGCUCAAGGUCCCUACGUCCCACAUCCGUCAUUUCAUCAUUCCAGUCGUCUUGGAGCCUUCAGGGUGACCUUCAUCUGAUCGGAGCUCUGAACACUCGCUCAGUCAGGACAGGUUGCAGGUUCAAGGCCCCCCCCCCCCACCCUGAUGCAGGAGUUGAUGAGAGCAGCUCCCGCUUACAUUUUCAUUCCAUCUUUCACUUCAACAAAAUAUGAAGCCCUCCAUCUGUCCUCACACAGUAACCUGACUCGUGGCCUGUGCUGCUCCUGAAAAGCAUUGCACGGCCCCCCUCACAGAGUGCCAGUGUGGAAGCCUUUCCUCCCUUCCCUUGUUGGCAGACCAGCGACAGGACUGUACAUAGUGUUAAAAUAAUAUGAACGAAAAAUAAAUCAGAGAGGAAUUAUUUUACUAUUUUAUUCACGCUGGCUGAUCCACCGCUCCACACAAAGCAAGGGACACACUGAUGAGUGGGUGUAUGCAUGCUGGAUGUGUGUAUGAAACAUGGACAUAUGUAGGAAAUAGAUGAUGACUGAAUUCAUGCAGGGUCAUGACCGAAAGAACGAGAUCGCGGAUACAAGCGGCCGAGAUGGGUUUUCUCUGCAGGGUGGCUGGUGUCUCCCUUAGGGAUAAGGUGAGGGACUCAGAGUUGAGCCGCUCCUCCUUCGCGUCGAAAGGAGCCAGUUGAGGUGGUUCGGGCACCUAGUUAGGAUGCCACCUGGGCGCCUCCCUAGGGAGGUGUUCCAGGCACGUCCAGCUGGGAAGAGACCAAGGGGUAGACCUAGGACCAGGUGGAGGGAUUAUAUCUCUUCGCUGGCCUGGGAGCGCCUUGGGAUCCCCCAGUCAGAGCUGGUUGAUGUCGCCAGGGAAAAGAAAGUUUGGGGCUCUCUGCUGGAACUGCUACCCCCGCGACCCGACCACGGAUAAGCGGGAGAAGAUGGAUGGAUGGAUGAAUGAAUUCAUGCGUAGAAGUGUGAGUGAAGGAGUGGAUGGAUGGAACAGGGCCAAGAUCAAAGUGAAAUCUUUUGUACAUUGUUUGAAAUCCCUCACAUUUCACAUUGUGAAUAAUUAGUAGUCGAGACAGUCCCCUCUGUGUCCCGUCACGUCACCAACAUACCAAAUGAAUAUCAACAUGUAAAGCUAUUGUACAUACUGUGUGUGUAAUGAAGUCAAUGAUUGUGCUUUUCGUCGUGAACCUCUUCCAUCACUUUCUCUACCCUUAUCGUCCCGUUUACCAAAAGUAUGUUUGCUGCUAUUGUGUUCAUACUAUAUCAGUUACUAUAAUUACACAGAGAAGCCCAAAAUACCACUCUCAUACUGACAUUAGAACAUGAAGCUAUUUUACAGUUAAUAAUUCUUAUAGCGACUUUUGUUAUUGGUAAUUCUGUUUGUGUGUAGAUCAAUAUGUAUGUUUUUUGUGUCGCUCGCCAUGUUUGGUUUGAAGGAGUCUUUUUUGGAAAUACAAAGAGUACCGGCUGAGACAUUUAUUCAGAGCUGUCCCAGGAGUCAUCGUGAUGUCACUCCCACACAUCCACACUUGGCCAAUCCCAGCGGAGGGUUUAAAAAGGGGAUUUAGGAACCGUCAGAUGGGCACUUGGUUUGAAGCUCCUGCGGCCUUGCAGCUCAUCACCUCCUAUAUAAAGCUUUCCCACACAAGAAACCAACAUGUAAAGGUUUGACUCGUGAUCAUUACUUUCUGACCCUUAAUCUAUCUUUGCCACGUCAUCCAGCCCUGCCCAAUCAUUACAGUGAGCUAAGCACAAUGUCAGACUUUUGUUUUGUCUGGACACAAUAACUCAACUCACUCUGGAAAUACUAAUCACUGCUGCUGCCAUGUCAACUAUAGGUUGGAAAACAAUGUAUAUACUUCACUUACUCCAAAUAGUAAGGGUGACGCUGGUUAAGGGGGUAAAUGGUCCAGUCAGAGUGCCAGUAGGUCAGUAGGUUGAUUGCUAGCCCCUGCAGUCGAUAUGUCGAUGUGUCCUUGGGGAAAAUACUUAACCCCAAAUAACUCCCGUAGAAAUGUGUACACUAAAGACGUGUAUGUAAGUCACAUAAAAGCGUCAGCAAAUGACUCUAAAUCUAGAAUUGUAUGUUAUUACAAUAUUAUUUCUUGGGACACUUUGAAUGUGUGGUUCCACCUGAGGACUGACAGAACCUAAUGAGAAUCACUGAACCUUUAUCUUGUUUUAUUUAAUCAGCGAUUAGGAGAAAAACUGUGUUUUUAAGGGAAAUCUAGCACUUAUUAUUAAUAUCUUAUCAACACAGGACCUAGAAAAGUGGGAAGACAUUUAAUGCACUUACGAUAAAAACAUAUUAAUAUUCCCCUGGAUAUAAAUGAAGAAGGAGGGUGUGGGCUGUGUAAACCGACCUUAAGGCAGGUUUGAUUAUCUGAAGAUGGUUUUAGGGGCCAUCCUCUAAGCUUUCCUUGAUGCCAUCUGUGUAACACGGUAAUGUGUGAUGGGGAGCUACAUACCACUCGCUCUGUGAGUGUAGCAUGAAGUCACAAUUGUGUCUUCUCUGGAGCAGACUGAUGUCCAGAAGAGCUAAUAAAGCACAUACAUAGGAGCUUGGAACUGUUGUAACUUGCAGUAAGCUUGUUGCUGUUGGCUGAUGUACUUUCUCCUGCAGGGGAAUCACAGCUGAAGUCCGGUGACAGAUGUCUAAAUGUGUCAGCAGGAACUCUUUCAUAUUAAGGGCUGAAGGCCCCGCCUCAAACCACUGUGUCAGUAAAACUCCUUAAAGCCUGUAUUUGUUGUCUCAGUUAAAAAUGCUUUGUAUAAUUUACACUUGUGACAUAUUUUGUAUCAAAAGCAUUUUUAUAUAAUAAAGGUUAUAUUUUAAGGAA